AUGGCUUCAAGUCAUAUUCAGCGUUGGGCCUUGACUUUAUCUGCAUAUGAUUACACUAUCACCCACAAACCAGGGAAGUAUAUAACCAAUGCGGAUGCUUUGAGUCGUCUUCCUCUUCCUGAAGCUCCUAAGGAUAUGCCGGUGCCAGGGGACGUUGUGUGUGUGCUGGAGAGGCAGGACAGGACGACAGUAACAGCGAAGGACAUCAGGUGGUGGAUGGAGCGAGACCCUAUACUGUCUAUAGUCAGGAGGAACGUUCAGUACGGGUGGCCUGAAAACAUCACCGUGGAAGCACAAAAACCUUUCUUUAGAAGGAAGUGGGAGUUAAGUGUGCAGGAUGGAGUAAUAUUAUGGGGAUCAAGGGUGGUGGUGCCAGAGGUAGCAAGGAAGAGAGUGCUAGCAGAACUUCAUGAGACACAACCAGGGGCGUCACGCAUGAAAAGCAUUGCACGUAGCUAUGUUUGGUGGCCAAAUAUGGAUUAUGAUAUAGAGACUGUAGUUCAGCAGUGUGCACAGUGUCAGCAGUUGAGGAAUCUACCUCCGACGCCUUUGCAGCCUUGGGAAUGGCCAGAGAAGCCGUGGUCCAGAUUACAUCUAGAUUAUGCAGGGCCAUUUAUGGGCAAGAUGUUUCUGGUGGUAAUUGAUGCACAUUCUAAGUGGAUUGAUGUUCACGCCACAAAUUCGGCUACUUCAUCUGCUACCAUUGAAAAAUUACAAGUUACUUUUGCGUCACAAGGUUUACCCGAGAUUGUAGUGACUGAUAAUGGCACGAACUUCUGCAGUGAGGAAUUUGAAACAUUUCUAAAACAAAAUGGCAUCGUUCAUAUCAAAACCUCCCCUUAUCACCCAGCUUCCAACGGAUUAGCAGAAAAGGCAGUGCAGACUUUGAAAAGGGCCAUGACAAAAGAGACAGCGGGUUCCUUAGAGUCUAGAGUCGCGAUUAAUGAAAUUUUUGUUACGUUAUCGGGUCACACCACACACUACCACAGGGUUUCGCCCGGAACUUUUAGUGGGAAGGAAAUUAAGAACUUGUCUGGACCUAUUAAUGCCAGGGAUAAGUCAGAGAGUAUUAAGGAAACAGGAAAUGCAGAAAAAUUAUCAUGA